AUGGGUAAAGGGAAUCUCAGCGCCGUUAAGGGCCUAGGGAGCAGGGCAGUCGACAACAUAAGUGUUCAAGUCCGGGGUGCCGUCAACCUCGUCACACGACAAUCGAAGGAGCAAGUCCGGCCUGCAAAACGCCAGAAGCAAUGCCCAGAAUACUCUCAACACUUCCCGCAGAACAAACCUCGCGAUUUGCCCAAACGCGGCCGGGACGAUGAUAACUCUGCUGAAGUCUGGGAAUUCACGAUAGAGGAGCCGAGAAACGACAGCUACGGCAAGAAAAAUCAUGCCAGGGCCUCCUCCGGCCCCCGCCCCAAGAAGCCUAGGCUGUUACACGUCACCGGGCCUGCGCACGGAAAAGCCACGAAGCCCGAGGUCAUACACAGCGACGACGAACCAAUUUCCAUUGCAGAUUCUCAAGACCAUGUGAUCGUCGAUGAUCUGGCCGACAACGACGGGCCGCCACCAGCGAAUAUCCAGUCGGACGUCUUACGCGGACGGCCUAGAAAAAGCGAGCGAGUGCCGCCGAUGCAGGGACCGUUUGUCAAGAAACCGAAGCGCACUUCCCAAGGCGCAGCCAAUGCAGAUGUCUCAGAAGAUGAGCUUGCGCGGACUCCCAGCAAGGGCAAGGCAAGAGCUACAAACUUUUCGGCGUUGCAACAGCGGAAACGGCAGCGCUCACCAUCCAAAGCAGACAUCCAGCCAACCAAAUUCACCAGUACUGAAGCUUCGCCUGAUCCUCUGGAAGUGUCCGCCUGUUGGUUGGAGGCCGCGGCCUGUGGGAGGAAUUCGUUUCGUGCUGGCGGCCAGAAGUCAGCGCUUGUUGAAGAUGAUCAUCACAAUUGGAAGCUCAAGAUCCUCGGCGAGGAUGGCAAGUGGAAACUUUCGACUAUCGAGUGGUUAUCUGUUUCCGCAGAUUCAAUUGUGCACAUAUACCAUAACGCAACGCACAGUAAGCACGUACGCAUCUCACGCAUGUCCCGAUUGGAAAUGAACCGCACGCUUCAUUUGCAGUUUACGAGCAAGGAAAUCGCGGUCAAGUUCCUCAAGUCUGUUGACAGUGAGCUAUUGUGCUCUCAGGGAAGUGCGCAAUUGCAAGCAACGUUCGAACGUGCGAUGUCGGAAGCACUGAAUUAUCAAGAGAAGAACGGCACCAAGGACGACUCCUCGACUGAAGAGUCCUUGCCAUUAGGGGCCGCCAAAGUCUCCCCACAACCUCAAGGAAAGCCUGCCAAACUCAAGGAUAAGAUGACUGGACCGCCAGAAACAGCAAAUGCUCGGGCUACAAAAACUACGAGUGCUGUUUCGCCGACUCAACCCACGACACUUGUUACCAAAGGCCCUUCAACGCGACGCACUCAAAGGCUAGCACCUGAUGAACAAAAGCCGCUCAACAAUCUCGAAAAUUUCGAAACCUGGACGUCGCUGCAUCCUGACUGGAGAAGCAGGUGGCCCCAACCUUUGAUAUACCCAGCGACAGGCAAGAAUCGGGCCACGGUUGAUCAGGACGACAUCCUGCGACUAGACGAGGGCGAGUUCUUGAACGAUAAUUUGAUCAGUUUCUAUCUGCGGCACCUGCAACUGCAAUUGGAGAAAGAGCGCCCCGAGCUUUUGAACAAAGUGCACAUCCUCAGCAGCUUCUUCCAUGAGAAGUUGAAAAAGGACAGAUAUGCGGGAGUACAGUCAUGGACUGCCAAGAUUGACAUUUUCUCGUACGACUAUGUCAUCGUCCCCGUCAACGAGAAUAUGCAUUGGUACAUGGCCAUCAUCUGCAACCCGGGCAAUGCACUGCGUGAGAGCACAACGGCAGCCAAGGAGUCGUCUACUUCCGCAGGCGAUCAAACCGAACGGGGCCAAAUCACUGAGCCGGAGCCGAAACAUGACAAGUCCAAAGAACCCAAGAUUGUUACCAUGGACUCACUUGCCAUUGCCCGGCCCUCAACCUGCAAGAUUCUUAGAGAAUAUCUCGUGCAAGAAGCGCAGGCCAGGAAGAGUGUAGCUUUCACUACACCAAUUCACGGCAUGACAGCCAAGAAGCUCCCAGAGCAACAGAACUACUGCGACUGUGGUGUGUAUAUCCUGUCGUAUGUCGAGCAGUUUCUGAAAGACCCUGACGAGGCAUGCCGACGUCUCCUGAAUCGGGAAGGCCUGGAAUGGGAGGUCGAAGCUAGUGAGAUACGGUCCAACAUGAGAGACAUGCUGUUCAGUCUCCAGGCAGAACAGCAACAGAGACUGCAAAAUGAGAAGGAAGAGAAGCUAAAGCGCAAGAAGCAACUGAAAACGUUGGCUAAGUCGUCUGAGGCUACGGGGCCCCCAGAUAGUAACGAGCGGCAAUCGUCGUUACCAUCCGAGGAGUCAGGUACUCAGCCAACAUCAGCGCGCGACAGCACGGCUUCUGCGCCCGUGAGUUGUGGUUCGCCAUCACGUCAAGCCCCGAGGCGUAGCGCAACCACCCAAGCCAGUCGCGACACCACUUCUACCACUCCUGCCACCAUCUCCCGCCCGAAGCGCUUGCCGUUAGUGAAAACUGAUGGCCCGGCAGCGGGACUGAUGAACAGUAUCCAGGACGAGUGCGCCAGUGUGGAUCAGCCAGACGAGAAGUGCUUUUCCGCGGAAGAAGGUUCGCCAACAAGGUCUCCAAUGUACGGUGACACACGCACCGUGCCCGCCUUUGUCCAGCUACUGCCCGAAUCAGACGGCGAAGAAGUAGGCACAAGCUCCAAAGGCGUAAGCAACAAGCGAACCUUGGUUGGACGAGACCGUGGCGAUUCGAGUCCCACAAACCAAGCAACGUCGCGGCAGAAACAAGCUGCAGGGCGCAUUGUACACAGCAUCGACGAUGAUUGA